AUGCAGAUGCAAUUCUGCAAACCAAAUAAAGAGGAACAACCAGUUCCCUUACUCUCAGCACAGGGAUCCACACAGACAUGCGCAGUAGAAGGGAGCGCCAGGCAGGGAAUAUGUAAAUCGCAUCUCGAAGGCGUCCAAUCAGGGCUAGGGGGCGUGGCCGAAGCCUGGGACUUGCCCGGGCAUGUGGAAGCCAUCGCUUCCGGGAAAGCCACGUGGGAGCCGGCUGGCUUAGGAUCCCCAUUAAACCCUGAAUACACCUCAGGGGAGAUAAGCCCAGGGAAAGUGGACCAGGGAAACAGCUUGAGGAUGGACGGGCAGGUACCCAAAUGUUGUUGCUCCAGCUGGAGCCCACACCACCUUCUACAUAAAGCUCAUGGGGGCGCGACAAGUGCUGUCCAGAAGAAAAAGAAAAGCCGGAAGCACCAACGUUUUUCAUCACGAAGAGAUCUAGAGCAGUGGCGACGCCUGAGAGGUGGAUCGAGGGAGAAGACUCUGCUGAUGUCAAGUGGUAAAUCACAACGCACCUUACUUUUGGAAGCCAGGCAGAACGGUCCGUUGUCGCUCGAGGAUAUAGCAAAGGUGGACUCGGUCACACCUCCUCCUCCGGUCAACUCUUCCCCUUCGUCCAGCCCAACCAAGCAGCCUUCACCAUCUCGAGAUCUUCAGGUCGCCAGCAGUUCUGCAAAGAACGUGGGUCCUUCGUCAUGUCCGAAGCUCAAGAAACCGAAGAAGUGUGUGGCAAUUGAUUGUGAAAUGGUAGGCACCGGACCUAAUGGGAAAACGAGCGAGUUGGCCCGGUGUACGGUGGUCAGCUAUGACGGAGACGUCAUCUACGACAAAUACAUCCGCCCAGAGCUUCCGGUUGUCGAUUAUAGGACUCCGUGGAGCGGGAUCACCCAAAGGCACAUGGAAAACGCCACGCCUUUCAAGGUGGCCCAAGGAGAGAUCCUUCAGAUCUUGAGGGACAAAAUAGUGGUGGGGCAUGCCCUUCACAAUGACUUCCGGGCUUUAAAAUACUUCCACCCUCGAGCCUGGAUACGGGACACAAGCCGAUGUCCUCUGCUGCUCAAGAAGAUGGGUCCGUCUGUAAGAAACUGUGUGUCGCUUAAGAACUUGGCUAGCCAGCUGCUCUCCAAAACAAUACAGGUAAUGACGAUUUCCUUUCUUGGAUUCAUAGCGCAUCCUGGUACGAUCCACAAGUAG